AUGGAUCCCCUGUGGAAUGGCCACAAGGACAGGAGGGUUUUUCAACUAAAUGCCUAUCAACAAGUUUUUUCGUUUUCCGGGUGUGGAUUUCUUGGUAUUUACCACAUUGGUGUAGCAAGCUGUCUGAGAGAACACGCGCCACAUUUUUUCCAUGAAGGAAAGCUGUUAGGAGCUAGUGCGGGAGCCAUCACUGCUUGUUGUUUUCUUUGUGGUACAUGUUUAGGUGAAUGUACAAGUUUUACUCUCCGACUAGCAACCAAAGCUAGAUCGCGUUCCUUAGGACCACUGCACCCCAGUUUUGCCAUUGACAGAAUUCUCCGGGAUGCAUUGUGGGAGGUUUUGCCAGACAAUGCCCAUGAGAUUGUGUCAGGUCGUCUUUUCGUCUCACUUACAAGAGUUUCGGACAAGAAGUGUGUGAUCGUAUCAGAAUUCGACUCAAAAGAAGAGCUUAUCCAGGCUUUGCUAUGCAGUGCUUUUGUUCCAUUCUAUAGCGGCUUAAUACCUCCCAAGUUCCGAGGAGUGCGCUACGUUGAUGGAGGACUAAGUGACAAUCUACCAAUACUGGAUGAAGACACAAUCACCGUGUCACCAUUCUCAGGCGAGAGUGACAUCUGCCCCAGCGAUGGCUCGUCGAACUUUCUUCACAUCACCCUCGUCAACACCAGCAUGCAGUGCACCACAGAGAACCUGUAUCGACUCUCCCAUGCCUUGUUUCCCCCACACCCGGAAGUGCUCAGUGAUAUGUGCAGACAAGGCUUUGAUGACGCUCUGGUCUUCCUUCAGACCAACAAUCUGAUAUCAUGCACACGUCACCUUAGUGUGCGAUCGUGUAUAUCGACAACAGACGCGGAAGAGAAGGAUUCAGAAACAGAAGAGAGUGAAGAGGAUGAAGAACAUGAUGAAAGUGACGAUGAAGAUGCUGACUGCGAAGAGUGUAAAAAGAAACUGCAUGGGGCGCUGGUUGAUUCACUGCCACCAUCAGUUAUGCUGGCAUUCCAGCAUGCAUGUGACUCUGUGAACAAAGGGCUAGUGAACUACUUCUACAACUCCCGGCCAGUCAAACUCCUCUCCUUAGCUGCCACUCCAUGGGUGCUGCCUGCAGAGAUGGCGGUCCGGACUGUGGUCAAGUUCCUGCAGUGGUUGCCAUCGAUGCCGCAGGAUGUGCAGAGUAUUGUGGGUGACACCGUGGAGCUGCUCAAGAUCAUUGCUAUUAAGAUGUUCCACCAUCACCCGCGCGCUAUUCAGCUAGGUUUACUUGUCAACUGGCCAUCAGAAGUAAAAGAUCCAAAGGAGACUACACGACGCAGUCGCUUGUCAACUCGAAGAAGACCUUCCUUUACCCCUGGCAAUCGCAGCACCGUCAGCAGCAGACGUAAGAAAUACCCUGAGGCAGCAGCCAACAACAGUGCCAUAGUUCGCAACUUCAACAUCGGCUUUGCUGUCGACUUUAACACCUCCAAGCCAAGCACAGUUCGGUCUCUAGAACAUCUGCAUGGACACAUGGACAAACUACAAAUGGAGGAUGUUCAGAUACAGCAGUCCAGCCCCACAGGUGAUCUUCUGUACCUACCUCGUGGUAGCGAUCAAUGCUCUCCAACUACCGCUCCCUGUCAGGAAAUAUUCGACACAUUUGAGCAGUGUCUACAUAUAACGAACCAGAUGGAGUCGGCACUCUCGUAUUAUUACGAGGAUCCCACAAACAAAGGGUGCUAUAAGUUUGAAGAGAUUUUCAGUUUGAAAAACGUUGAUGUUGAUCUUCAUGAAUCACGUUCAGUGAGGACUGGCAUCUGUGAGUCAAGUACAGAAGUGGAAGAAAGUUUGACAAAUACUUCUACAUCCGAACCUGAUUUGUCGUGGGAUAGCUAUCUUGAAAUGAAGCCAGAAAUUGAAGAUGAAUUGGAGGCAUUGAUUGACUCCGCAUUAUCAAUUCCGCAGUUACAGUCCACGGGGAUAGAGAGCUCGCCAAAAGAAGCUUAAGAUUUAGUAGUCAGAAACAUCAAGUGCUAUCUCACAGUGAGUUGGAUAAGAACUCCAAAACAUGGAGUCUUGCCACAUUGUGAAACCUGUCAAGGAUGAGGGAGUAACAUUUUUGUUGCAAACCUGGAGUCUACCAGUCAAUUACACUAUAUUUUAUCAUGAAACUGUCAUUUAACUUCCAAGUAACCAAAUUCAUCAUUUUUCACCGCCAUGAUGUUUCCAACCUUGCCUUGCAGUUACUUCUGAAAUUUUAUGAAAAAAAUGUUGUUUAACAUUACAUUCCCAGUUGAUUCAGUCUAAUUUCAUGUUAAAAUGUGUUCUGUUUUUAGUGCAACCUGUUAGGUUUCAAUAUUGUUUUUUGUUGGUAGUCAGAUUAUUUACUUUGUUAACUUUUCCUUUUAAUUUGGUUUGACAAAGAAUGUCUGUAAGAAUCUUGAUUUUGUUUUACAAUUUGUCCACAUAAGGGAAAGAAGGUUUUGAAAACCAGUCCUCAUUUUAUUUGGCAGUUGUUAAAUAAUUUUAGUUGUUUUAUGAAUAAUUUUAUCAAAUCCAUUGAAUCUUUAUUCACUCAGUGCCUAUACAUGUCUUAAAUUGCAGCAGAGGAUCACAUAAUGCAUGGCAUAUCAGAUCCCCAUGUGACUUUUUUAGAAUUAGUUUCAGGUAGAACCUUUUUAUAAGAUUUUACAAAAAUCUGUUAUUUGCUUAAUGUUGGGUAGUUGACCAAAUAUUAUUGGCCUUAGCAUGAAUGAAAAUGUAUGGGUGACAUUUAAUAGGGUAUUUUUGGGAUAUAUUUUGAUGUACACAAGAUCUUUUAGUUGUAACAAAGUCUACUGAGGCAUAUUCAUACUUCAUUUGAAUCAUUGUGCAUCACCUCAUUAAUACUGAUGUAUAUAUAAUCAAGUGUACAUAUAAACUUAUGUAUACCUAACUUGGUAAGAACUAAAUUCAAACACUUUACUACAAAAUACCCAUCAGGUAAAUUUGCACUGACCUGCAGGAAUAAGUACUAUCCCAGGACUAGUGAGCUGGUACUUGCCUGUGGGUAUUAGUACUAACCCUGACUAGCGUGCUAAUAUCAGUACUAACCCUGACUAGCGUGCAAGUAUCAGUACUGGUGGGCAAGUGUUAAGUUCUCAUCCAGCCGAACAAUAUGUAUAUGUAUUCAUAUGUAUACAUGUCUUCCUCAUGCAAAACCGGUAAUUAAAUGGCAGUCUAGACAAAAGCAUGGAAUAUUCAGGGUAUUCUUUCUUUGAGUGGAACUUGCAUGAACUGAAGGAGUACUCCUUGAUCAUCAAGUGUAUAAAUCUCGUUUCUGUUUGAUAAAUACCUGGGACCUUUUCACCACAGUAUCUUCAUUUUGGGAGUAAUGUCCUCAUCGGGAUUUCUGAUCAACUUGGCAUGACAUAUCCGCACCCUGUAUCCCCAUCAUCUGUAUCCCCACCCUCUGUAGCUCCAGGGCUCAUAUUUCUGUACACCAACGUGCAGUGGGGUAGCCUAGUGGUUAAAUUGUUGGCUGGUCACGCCAAAGACCCAGGUACAUAAGUACAAUGUGUGAAGCCCAUUUCAGGUGUCCCCAACUGUGAUAUUGCUGGAAUAUUGCUAAAAGAGACGUAAAACCAUACUCACUCUCUGUACACCAACACUGACCCCUGGUUCCAUCCCCAUGGUGCUUGUGAUCACAAAUUACCAGCCCUUGGUUUUCAAUAUUUUACCUAUCAAACAUGGACUUAAGUGUAAGGGAGGUAACUCAUAUUACAAAGAAACCAAAGCCCAUGUUCAUAAAUUGAAUUCAAUAACCAAUCAAAAUUUGAUCUGAUUAUAAAAUUGCAGCCCCAUAUGAGCAAACCCUUGUUAGAUUGGAUCAAAUUGGAACUCGCUUCAAAUUUUCUUUUGGCUGGGGACAUACUUUACUGAAUGGAAUGGGGAUAGGAAUUCCAUAUGCUGUCAGAAGGUUCUAGUUGUUUAUAGACGGAUUGCAGCCAAGUGUCACAUUGAAGAGAAAUGAAUAUGCACUUAUGUCAUGUCUUAGAAUCAAUACAUGUGGCAGGUUCUGUUUACUCUGAAUAUACUAGCUUCUGUAAAAAUAUUGUUAAUUUUCCUAUGCAAAUUAUAAUGGCUUUGUACAUACCGAAAUGCUAUUUAUUACAUGAUUAUUCAUCAUAAAAGUGUUUUAUAUAUUUUUCAUAAGCCAUGAGGCUUAUUCAUGUCUUGUUUUCAAGAACUUAAUUCGAAAUGGCCAUUGUACAUCCCAGUAAUACAGUACAUCUUGGGGUGAAACAAAUAUCAAAUUGGUGACUGUUCUGAAUAGUUUUAUUCCGUUUUGUCAGAACAAACACUGUAAAUGUGCAGUUACAAUCCAGAUCUCCAGAAAACAAUGAUUUCCAAAAUGUGUGAUGCACAGAUGAGAGCGACAGGUGAAAUCGGGUUUGACAUAAUGUUGGAAACUAUUCACUAAAAUAAGAAGGUGCAUACAUUUUGUGUGUGUCUAGUUUUAGUGUUAACUAUUGCUGGUGUUAGUGUGCAAGCUACAAUGCAGGCUCCACACGAUUCUCUUAUCACAUAUUCUUUUAUUAAAUAUGUGGUAAUAGUCACCAGGCUUGUAGUGUUAACAGAAGUUACAUGCAUUGUUCAUACCUGACAUGCAUGUCUCUUUAACCUUAUUAUAGAUAUUGUCUACUUUAUACAUAUUAGUGUCUAUUGACACUUGAAUUACUUGCAACAAUAGACAUUAUUGUCAUCUGCAGAAAUUGAUAUAAGUGAACAAGCUCAGAUAUCAAAUCAAUGAAAACCAAAUGGUGAUUUUUUUUCUCGGACAUCAGUGCCACAAAAAUUGAAAAAAAAAGGUCUGAUCUUAGUACACAUUCUUGUUCAGACAUAAAAUAGACUUGUACCCAACACAAAA